UUUCUCGCUCGCCUCUCUUUUGGUGUGUGAAUUACACGCCAGCCAUGGUUGAUUCUCAAUGCAUCACCAACUAGUCUACCGUUCUUAUGCGGGCCCGGGCCGUCAACGCUGAAUUCCGAAUGAUUAAUGCUGCGACGGAGUGUGUUUGGCGGCAGCCGUCGCAGCACAGCGACACGUAACAUGCAAAAUCGCUGGAGGAGAAAAGGCGAAACGAUUUCCGUUUCUGGCGCGAGCGAGGCCUUCGUGUCAGCCAUGCAGCGCUUCUUCCGGUCCGAUGGAUCGUUACACCGCCCGCUCCGUUUACAUUGUUGUACCACUAAGGUGCUUGUCGCUCUUCUCCUGCUGCUCGGCCCGGCUCUCUCUGCUUCACAAACAACCAAGCGGCAAGAGUCGCCUAAUGCGACCGCCGAUCAGUCGCGUGGCAGUGUCAACAAUAGCGCCUCAUCCUCUUCGACGUCGAAAGCCUCCAAGGCGCCGAAGCUCACCCCAUUCAACUUCACGCUCUACCAUUCCAGUGAUGAGUUGCUUCGUGAGAUACAAUCUCUGGCCGCCCGGCAUCCCCAUGCUGCAGAGCUUAAGGAGAUAACCAUCCAAUCUUCCGGCGGUUACAGAUCAACCCUCACUGCGGUUACGCUACACUGUUCACGCAUCCCACUACCUCGUUCCGAGGCUGACAACAGGCCCACAGGCUCGGAUGGAAGCUCGGGCCAAACCUCCAAUUCAGGCCUGGAAGGUGGUGGAGGAAGCUCAGAAGGAGGGCGUGUGACUAUGGAGAGGGGAAACAGGAAGCAGUGGAUGAGGGAUGGGUCGAGUAGCAAGCACAGGCGGCUCAUUAGCAGCAGCAGCGGCACCGUCAGCAGCAACAGCAGCAACAGGAGCGCUCCUGGUGCCAGGGAGGGCGAUACUCGUGAUGACAGGGAAAUGAAGGAGAUUAGAGCGACUAGAAGUCACGGUGGCUCUGCUGCUCGGCCAGCAGGCAGCAGAAGCUCGAGAAGUAGGAGCAUGGAAUUGGGGUCAGAAGCCGAUUCUGGACCACGCCUAGGCAGAGUGGUGCCGCGGUGGGGUUGGAGGCUGCAGAGUGCUAUUGAGCACGUUUUUUCCUCUGCACAUAGCGCUGCUGCUGCCACUGCUGGUGGUGGUGGUGGUGGUGGUGGUGCUGGUGGUGGUGGUGCUGCUGGUGGUGGUGGUGGUGGUGCUGCUGCUGCUGCUGCUGCUGCUGCUGCUGCUGCUGCUGCUGGUGGUGGUACUGGUGGUGGUGGUGGUGGUGGUGGUGGUGGUGGUGGUGGUGGUGGUGGUGGUGGUGGUGGAGGAGGAGUGAGGCGGAUACGGUGGGCUGUCAGCAAGCACGAUGAGAAGGACGAGGACAUGACGAGCCAGGGGCAAGCACUAGGGCAUUCCUACCCCCAGGGGAUUAUGGAGUCACCGGAGGCACUGCAUUCGGCGCCAGUACAUCCCACAACAACCCUGCCAUCAUCGUUGGGAUCGUUCCCAUCCUCGCUAUCAGCUUCCUCACAUCAGACGAGUGUAUCAGCACCACCAGUAGGCUGGACAAACCUUACAGCAGCCCGACACUCAGAUGUCUCCAGAACCUCCUCGCUCAGGCAAGGCCUGCGCAGGGUUCAAGGCACGCCUUCACCUCUUCCUCGAGCUGCUGUGAAGCAAGAGCCCUCGCUGAGGAGACAAUUGCACAGCGUUCAAGAUGUCUCCAGGACCUCCUCGCUCAGGCGAAUGCUGCGCAGCGUUCAAGGCACGCCUUCCCCUCUUCCUGGCGCCUCUGUGAAGCAUGACCCGUCGACAGCGGCUGCUGCCACACAAGAGGGCAAGGGCACAGGCAUGAUUGGCAAUGCUGCUGGGGGAGCUGCUAGAGGAGGAGAGGAUGCAGCAGAUGGCGAUGGUGCGUUCACCGGCUUUGGUGGCGGUGCAGGCUAUCUUGAGAGGAGUGGAGGUCGCAGUAACGCGUCGUGCAGCAGUGCGGCUAGCAUCCCUGGCUUCUCCACUGACCUUCCUUCUGAGCUGUCCGGGAAGCUGCGCGUUCUCCUCGUGUUUGGGCAGCACGGCAGGGAGGCCAUUACUACAGAACUCGGCUUUAACUUGCUGAGGAUCCUAGUGGGGGAGAGGGAGUUAGUUGAGAGAGGAGAGAAGCAGGAGAGUGAGAAACAGGGAGGGGCGGAGGAUGACAAGGGGGGAGAGGGGGGGAAAGAGAAAGAGGAGGAAGGGGAUGGGGGGAAGAAGGGAGAGGGGGAGGCGGGGGAGGAGGGAAAGAAGGGGGCGGAGGGAAACAAGGGUGGAAUAAGCUGGGAGCAACUUGCACUGAUCUGGCCGCACCUUGUCAUCACGAUUGUGCCCAUGGAGAAUGUGAAUGGGAGGAAGAAGGUGGAAGCGGGUCAGCUCUGUGAAAGACGAAACGGUCGUGGCGUGGACAUCAACAGGAACUGGGAUUGCGACUGGGGAGUGAAGGAACAGGACUACAACCCUCUAGAGGAGGCCCCUGGCGCCCGUGCGUUCAGCGAGCCAGAGACAGAGGCGAUGAGGCAACUGGCCGUGUGGUUUCGCCCCCAUGUGUGGGUGAACGUGCAUUCGGGCAUGGAGGCGCUUUUCACACCGCUUGACCACCGGGGGGACGGUGUUGAUGCUGCCACGCUGGCUGCCAUGCACUCCCUCUUGGAGCGCCUAGACGCAGCACACUGUGGGGGUCGCUGUGUCAUCGGCUCUGGUGGGGGCUUCGUGGGGUACUUCGCCCACGGCACGGCCACUGAUUGGAUGUACGACGUGCUGCAAGUGCCGCUUGUUUUCACAUUUGAGACGUUUGGCGACGAGAGCUUUCCGACUACUGAUUGCUUCCCGCUCUUCAAUCCAAUCACUGCUGAAAAGUUCCAGGAAGUGGUCAACUCAUGGACAGCGCUUUUCGUUUCAUUCCUCACUCUCCUCCCGGAUACCCUCAACAAGAUCCCUCACCGCAUGCUGCCUCCUUUCAACUUCUCUCUCCCCCCACCUCCGCCAAUAGCAUCAUCACCUCCUGGACUUCCCCUUCACACUACCACUCACAUGCGCCCGCAUCUCAUAUUGCUCUCACACCUGCAGGUGCCACUGCCUCAUCUGCACUUUCUGUUGCCGCUUGUCCUUCUUUUAGGCGUCUCUGCCAUAGUUCCACGGCUGUUUGCUGUUGCUGUGAGAUCUGAACACACGAGGAGGCGUAUAAUGCGUCGACUGCUACGCAGGCAAUGAUAUUUAGUAUUGACAGUGGAAAUGUUUUCAGUGGUUGAGUAGUAUGCAUCAGUUACGGUACCAUACCAGUGCA